AUGCAUCCAUCGGUCUCCUCGACGCUUGCUGUGCCGCAAUGUGGAACAGAGCAUCUGGUAUCUCGCUUCCAAAAUACUCAAUCCCAGCAUCAUCUCUGCCGGACAGUGGGGUCUAGGGUCCAUCCGUACGCCAAGUUCUACGUCGACCCGCAAGGCCCUAAAGCACCCGUCAAAAAGAACGAUAUCUGGGGCAUGGAUGGAGAAGCUGGGUUGAUAACAUUGUCCCCGCUCAUCGAUCCCAUCAUAUCUCAGAAGCAACAAAAAUUCAUUGCUUGGGUGGUCAGCGAGUCGACACUUGAGACGUGUUCCCUGUUGCACGGAUUGAAAGCGGUCUACAUCCCUCACCUAGUGGCCUUCAAUCUGGAGUUCCACGCUGAGACACCAGAAGAUCAAGGAAAAGAAUUGGACAACAUGGCAAACAAAGGUCUAGCAUGGAACCCUGCUGGUGGCGAGCAUGCCGGACUGCUGUGGUGUUCGGAUAUCGGGCUGCCAGAACACCAGUGGCUGAGUGCGAGUUACUUCUACUGGGCGGGUGAUGCACCAAGGCUGUGGUGGGAAUAUACUAAUGGGAGCUGUACUCACCAUCUGGUGCUGCAUCCUAUCAAAUCAGACUAA